UCCUUCUCGUCGGUUGCUCUGUUCUCUGGUCUUCUCCCGUCUUGAUCGUGCGAUCGAUUUUGUGUUGCUUUGGGAGUGACGGAGCACGAUAGACGGCCGUCAGUCCACCGCAGCCAGUGAGUCCCUCCUCCCCCGCAUCUCCGUGCCCCCCCUCCCCGUCGCAUGCAUGCCUGGCGGGGGGUUCGGGAGAGUUCUGCUCACUCGGCGUAGCUGACUUCGUGGGCUCUUCAGCUACCAAUUUGAUCUCCUCAUUCUCGAUCUAUCGACCCAACCCGGGCUCAUCGUGCAGCAUGAAUCCCGGCGGAAGCCGCCAGGGCCAGCGCUCCCAGGAGGAGCUUUUCCUGAAUACCACGUCGGGGCAGCCGCAGGCCGACUCACCCAUCAUUGAGCCGUUGCGGAUUGGCAAGCGAGACACCCCUUCCCCGGCCUCGUCGCACAGCGCUUCCCUGCCCUACCCCGACGAUAGGCAGAGGCCUCAGCACAUCCGUAGUUCGGGCUCCAGUGGCUCCAGUCCAGUCUCUCAGAGCGGAGUCCCGGGAGAUUCCCCCACAAUUCCCAGCAAUAUAUCGGCAGGCUCCGGCAUCGCUCAUCAUUCGGAUUAUAUGGCAUCUCUGCGACUGCGCGAGCCCAAGCAAGCCACCCUGGCCGAACGACGGGGCAACGUCCCGAAGCCAUUGCCCGAAUCUCCUGCAGGGGACUCGCCAGAUCGAGAAGGGUUGUUCUCGCGCUUUCAUCAGCGACUGCCGGCGCUCGCCCCUCCUGCGACAGGGACCCAAUCUCUGACCACCGGAUACCCUGACCACCGCCAGCAGUAUUACCCGCCUCCUCAACCCUCCACCAGACUGGCAGCAGCUCCGAAUCUGCAGCCACCGAAUGGCGCCAUUAACCGGAUAAGCUCCACGGCGUCGAACUCGACGACUCGUGCUCAGCGCGGCUCUCCGCCACCACCAGAAACCCCGGUGGUGGAACCGGGACAGCAUGCGACGUCUGACAUCGAGGCACGGUAUGCAGCCUCGGGAAUUGCAGGCACUUCGACUUUAGCAGGAUUGCAAGUUCAGAGUGCGGCGGCUCAAAGAAGGGCCGAACAGUAUGCUGGCCAGCAGCCCAGAAAUCAACAGUCGGCACCUCCGGUUUUAAGGCCAUGGACACCAACGGAGCAGCCAGGGACCCAGCCACAUGGGCCACCCACGGUCUAUCAAGGCGCCGGGGUUGUGUCGGAGGAGAACCCUCCAGCAAAUCCUCCUCUACCUACAGGGCCCCAACCGCAGACACAGCCUGCCCCCCAGCCAAGCAGAAUCCCCCCAAAUGCACUUGAGCAGGACCUGGAAAGAAUGCGCAUAAGCUCCUCGCCGCCUCCGGCAUAUUCGAGCGUCCCAGGGGCCGUUGUUUCUCAGGGCUAUCCGAAUGAGAAGCAGCGUGUUUCAGCAUCGACUGGCCAGUCGUCCUCAUCAAUGGGACAUCCGGCAACCGCCAGCCCGACGAAUGGUGUCACAGAGACGAAUGGCGCCAAUGGGGCUGCAGUAGCCACCGUCCCAUUCGUGUCAGCUCACGAUCACCCCGCAUUUGCAAAUGAACCAAAGCAGCAGCAGCAGCAGCCGACGCCGACGCCGCAGCCUCAGCCGCAACUGCAACCGCAACCGCAACCGCAACUGCAACCGCAAUCGCAAUCGCAAUCGCAAUCGCAAUUGCAGCCACAGGAGUCGAGACAAUCACCCUCAAAUGCUAUCCAGUCUCCAAUCCAGAGCGGGAAUCAUUCCAUCUUGCAACAGACCAUCGUAAGCGCGCUGCCAACCCCAUCCGGGCUUGCGCCAUCCUCGCCUCCGCCGCUGCCGGAGGGCUGGAUCGCUCAUCUUGACCCGAAUUCGGGGCAGUACUACUAUAUUCAUCUACCCACUCAAUCCACUCAGUGGGAGUUCCCCAAGGGACCCACGCCUUUGAACCUGAAUGAGACUCCGCUAUCCCCAGUAGGCAGCGUUUACAGCAGUCAUCCUCUGGCGUCGCCCUCCUUAUCGACAUUCGCCAAGCCCUUGACGUCCCCUGGUCUUCCCCUGACCCCGGGAUUUGAGAGCUUGCAGUCGCCAAUCGUGACGGGGUUCACGGGGCCGCCGCCGGUCAGUGGCAUCGACAUGUAUAAAGUGGCCCCGACGAAUGGAGUCUACUUCGGCCCGUACCUCCGCUACACCAACAUGGACGUGGAGCGUGGCAUCUGGCUAGGCUCCAUUCUCUUGGUGACCGAUGCUGCUCAGCCUCCCACCAUCCACCUUCAUCAGAGCAUCGAUCUGUCUCCGAAUCCGCGCCAGCUGAAAGCGAUGCCUAUCGCCGUUCAUCAGCGGUGGACGUUCUACAAAUAUGAGAUCGAUCUCAAGAUGGAAGAGACCGGUCCCGCCAAAUGGACGUAUGCCAUCACCUCACACCUGGGCUGCACGCGCUACGAGUUUCUGGUCGCAGGACGAUACGAAACUGGCUGGCGCUUCAUCACCGUCUCGGGAAACGACUUCUCGAUGAAUGUCAACGCGAACGAGCGAUCCCGUCUGGGGGGUGUCGGGUUCAUGUGGAAAGACAUCAUGCAGAAACAUCUCGAGAUCGGAGGCUUCCAUGUCCAGCUGGGCCUGGGGGGCCAAAUCUACGCGGAUCGGAUGUGGAAGGAGGUUCCAUGCCUCAAACAGUGGCUGGCCAUGAGUGGAAAGGAAAUCAGGAAAAAGACGCCCUGGACCACCGCCCACGAAGAGGACGUGUCGCAUGCGUACUUCCACUAUUAUACCAGCCACUUCGAUCAGCCGUAUCUGAGAGAAUCCUUUGCUCAGAUUCCCUAUGUUUGUCAGAUUGAUGAUCAUGAUAUAUUCGAUGGGUUUGGCUCCUACCCGGAGCAUAUGCAAUUCUCGAACAUGUUCAAGAACAUCGGACGCGUGGGGACCGAGAUGUACCUGCUGUUCCAGCACCAUACCACGCUGGACCUGCUCCGCAAUUCCCGGUCCGACAUCGAUUUGUUCACCAUCACCGGUACUGGCUGGCAUUUUGUCAAAUACCUGGGGCCCGCCGUGGUUGCCGUCGGCCUGGACUGUCGCUCGGAGCGCAAUCCACACCAGGUCGUAGCGGGGCCAACCUAUCAAGGCAUCUUUCCCAAGAUUGCAAUGCUCCCCCCAACUGUACAGCAUUGUUUGUGGAUGCUCUCGGUGCCCAUCAUCUACCCACGACUGGAGACCGCAGAACACAUUGCGCACACCGUUGCUACGGGCAAGCGGGCCGUCACGGGGGCAUACAAUGUCCUCGGGAAGGUUACCAGCUCCGUCGCCGGCGUCGUCGGGGCCAAGGACAUGGUUGGGUCUGGAUUCGAUUCGAUCAAGCGGGCUGUAGGCAAAACCGGUCUCAUGGGCGGAAUCCUCAGCCCGUUCGGCGAGCUGGAUCUUUUGGAUGAGCUCCGAGAUCAGUGGACUCAUGAGUCCAAGGACCUUGAGCGGACGUACCUCAUUCGUACCCUUCAGGGCAUUGCGCAUCAAAAGUCGCUGCGCAUGACGUUCCUUUCUGGCGCCGUUAAUGCCUGUGGCGCCGGAUUGGUGCAUGAUCCGUCUUUUCCUUCCAACCACAAGACCAUGUAUCAGCUCAUAUCGUCCCCAGUGGUGAACAAUCCUCCCCCGUCAUAUGUUAUCAAACUUCUCCACAGCAGCAACAAGCCUCUCUAUGUUCCUGUGAAUGGCCAGCGCUCGACGCCUUCAAAACCAACCGACACCAAAGAAGAUAUGCUGGAGCUAUUCCAGUCCGACGUGACCGGACAGCCUCGUGAACACCGGAAGCUCAUGGGCCGUCGCAACUAUGUGGCCAUUGUUGCCUACGAUCCCGAUGUCGUCAACACGAUGUAUGGUCACACGAUGGCAGGUCAGGGAAGUGGGAAGCUGAACCUGGCCGUCGAUUUCAUGGUACAGGGAGAUGGAACUUUUGGCACGGUGGUAAAGUAUGGGCCUGUGAUUGUUCCUAGCUUGGAGCCGGGCAAGUGAGUGAAUGCCAGGGAUGCUGGGAUGACAUUUUUAUGUGUUAUGACAUUUGAUGAGAUUUUUCUUGGGGCUGUUCUGCUUUCUUUCCCCCGUCCCCUGCUUUUCCUUCUUUGUGUUUCUUCGUUGUCUCUUUCCUUGUUUCCGUUCAACGUGUGCGUUCUUUCCCCACUAUUUAAUUGUUAGCGCAUCAAUAUACCUCUCAAUAUGUUCUCGAUUUCUUUACAUGCCAUGUGCAACGAUAUCCCAUGACUCGCAUCCAUCCAAUAAGUCUAGUCCCAGCUACUCAGCUCAACAAAAGCUACCUAACGCGCAUUCCUCAUCCUCGGGCAUCAAACACCCUCCAACAAACACACAUAUGU